GUCACAUUCCGCGUGUAUCGGUUCGCAUCCCGUCAGCUGUGAGGCGGAAAGAUGGCGGAGCGCAUGGCUGCACGUUUGUCCGUUCAGGAGGAGCAGAUCGAGGCGUUGAGUCGAGAGAUCCGCCGCCUGCAGGACGGACUGACGGGCGGAUUCGACUUCAGCACCCUGGCCAGCGGCCCGAGCCUGGACGCGCUGCGCACCGAGAACGAGAAGCUGAAGUACCGACUGCUGCACCUCCGCCGGAGCCUCCGAACCGAGCAGGAGCUGGAGGAGCAGAAGCAGAGGACAAAGACCCAGAAGAACCAGAACCAGAACAAGACUGAAGAACCAAAGGAGAAGAUCCGUCCAAAGCAGAAUGCUGCACCAUCUCGAUCCAGUGCAUCAGAUGUUCAAGAGAAGAACAAGAAGAAGGAGAAAGUGAAGGUCGAGACAGCAGGAGAGCUGAAGCCGUGGCCUGGUUUCGUCUCUGAUCGUCUGGAGCUGUAUGAGCGGCUGAGGAAGGAGAGCGAUGCUCUUCUGGCCGAGCGGGCGGCGAGCGCUCACUCCAUCAGCGUUCAGCUCCCGGAUGGACAGACGCUGAAGGCCACAGCCUGGGUCAGCAGCCCGUAUCAGCUGGCCUGUGCCAUCAGUCAGGGUCUUGCGGAUAACUGUGUGAUCGCGCGUGUGAACGGAGAACUGUGGGAUCUGGACCGACCGCUGGAGGCCGACUGCAGUCUGGAGCUGCUGCGCUUCGACCAUGAGGACGCUCAGGCCGUGUACUGGCACUCCAGCGCUCACAUCCUCGGAGAGGCCAUGGAGCGUUUCUAUGGCGGGUGUCUCUGCUACGGGCCGCCCAUCGAGAACGGCUUCUACUACGACAUGUUCCUGGACGGACAGAAAGGAGUGUCGAGCACAGAGUUCAGUGAUCUGGAGCUCAUCUGCAGAGGAAUCAUGAAGGACAAGCAGCCGUUUGAGAGACUGGAGAUCAGUAAGGAAACACUGCUGCAGAUGUUCAAGUACAACAAGUUCAAGUGUCGCAUCCUGAACGAGAAGGUUUCCACGCCGACCACGACGGUCUACAGGUGCGGUCCUCUGAUCGAUCUGUGUCGCGGGCCGCAUGUACGACACACGGGCAAGAUCAAAGCGCUGAAGAUCUAUAAGAAUUCCUCCACGUACUGGGAAGGCCGCUCUGAUAUGGAGACCCUUCAGCGGAUCUAUGGAAUCUCUUUUCCUGACAGCAAAAUGCUGAAGGAAUGGGAACGUUUCCAGGAGGAAGCUAAAAACAGAGACCAUCGCAAGAUCGGGAAGGAUCAAGAACUUUUCUUCUUCCACGAUCUGAGUCCAGGAAGCUGCUUCUUUCUGCCGCGAGGCGCUUUUAUCUACAACACACUGACCGAGUUCAUCAGGGAGGAAUACUGCCGACGCGGCUUUCAGGAGGUGGCGUCUCCAAACAUCUAUAACAGCAAACUGUGGGAGACGUCGGGUCACUGGCAGCAUUACAGUGAAAACAUGUUCUCCUUCCCUGUGGAGCAGGACGUCUUCGCUCUGAAGCCCAUGAACUGCCCUGGACACUGUCUGAUGUUCAGUCAUCGGCCGCGCUCCUGGCGUGAACUUCCUCUCAGACUGGCCGACUUCGGCGUGUUGCACCGUAACGAGCUCUCGGGAACGCUGACGGGUCUGACGAGGGUCCGGCGCUUCCAGCAGGACGACGCUCAUAUAUUCUGCACUAUUGAUCAGAUCGAGUCUGAGAUGAAGGGCUGUCUGGAUUUCUUGCGCUGCGUCUACGAUGUCUUCGGCUUCUCCUUCCAGCUGUAUCUCUCCACGCGUCCGGAGAAGUUUCUGGGAGAUGUUGCCGUGUGGAAUCAAGCUGAGAAGCAACUGGAGAACAGCCUGAAUGAGUUCGGAGAGCCGUGGAAGCUGAAUCCAGGAGACGGGGCUUUUUACGGACCGAAGAUUGACAUCAAGAUUAAAGACGCCAUCGGCCGUUAUCACCAGUGCGCCACGAUUCAGCUGGACUUCCAGUUACCCGUCCGCUUCAAUCUCACAUAUGUGGGGAAAGAUGGAGAUGACAAGGCCCGACCGGUGAUCAUUCACCGCGCCAUUCUGGGCUCCGUGGAGCGAAUGAUCGCCAUCCUCACGGAGAACUACGCCGGGAAAUGGCCGCUGUGGUUGUCUCCACGUCAGGUGAUGCUGGUGCCGGUUAACCCAACUCUCGAAGAAUACGCCAAACAGGUCUGUAAACGGUUCGUUGAAGCCGGUUUUAUGGCCGAUGCUGAUUUGGAUUCCAGUUGCCUUCUGAACAAGAAAAUUCGUAACGCACAGCUGUCGCAGUACAACUUCAUCCUGGUGGUGGGCGAGAAGGAGCGUGUCACUAACAGCGUGAACGUGCGCACGAGAGACAACAAAGUGCACGGAGAGCUGCCGCUGGAGGAGGUGAUGGCCAGACUGACGCUCCUCAGACAGUCCAGGUGCCGCAGCGCUGAGGAAGACUUCUGAGCCGCUGAGAGAGUCUUUAUCGUCUGAGAUGGGAAAUCAGUCAUAUGAAGGAGGAAUACUGUACUGUUUACUCUGAGAGAUGGCACUGGAGGAUGUUCUGUGAACGAGCGGCUUUGUUCGCUGGCCGUGUGAAACGAUGUGAUGGUUUGGUGUUAAAGUGUUUUGCUGUUUGUGUUCAAGUGCUGAAGGUUUGGAAUAAAGACUCAAAGAUUCAG